AUGUCUUCAGCUGAAUUGAAAGAACUUUCGAAAGAAGAACUUAUAGAGAAGAUUUUAGAACUUGAGGCGGGUUUAAAUGAAUUUCAAGAAUCAUCUAAGGAAUUAGAAAAAGCACUAGAAGAUGAGUUACAAGAAUUAGAAAAUAAUAACUCACAGUUGAUAACCAAAUUAACAACAAAACAAGAAGAAUUGGUCAAAGCAAAUGCUAAAAUCCUUGACUUGUCAUCUGAAUUAAAUUCUUUGCAUGAAUCAACCAGUACUAGAUUGUACGAGAAAGAUGAAAUGAUACAUAAUCUUACGUCCCAAUUGGUCAAGACGGAAAUUCUAAAUGAUACCAUGGAAAAUGAUGAUAGAAUAAAAUCCAGCAAGUUUGAAGUGCAACAAAAGUUCAAUAACGACUUAUUAGAAAAAUUAGCAAUGUUGGAAAGUGAUUAUGAAAGGGAAAGGAAAUUAAAUGUGGAAAAACAACUACAUAUUCUAAACUAUCAGAAUCAAAUAAAGGAUUUGCAAAAGAAAAUUGACAAACUAGAAAACAAAAUGGAAAACGAACAAACAGGAGAUAUACUGAUGCUUAGUAUUAGAGAAAUGCUUCGAUCUACACCACCACCUAAUAAGAUUAGAGAUUGGGAAGCUCAGAAACAAUCGAAAAUUAAGAAAUCUGACUCAUUAAGGAAAUUAAAGACUUUGACAAUGGAAAUAGAAACUUUCCUAGGGAACUAUUCAUCAACAAAGAAAUCUCCAAGUACAUCCCCUUCCAGUUCAGUGUUGAAAUCUCCUUCCACAACUCAAUUGGAUACUUCCAACACUACUGAUCGAUCACACACUUCAACUUCCAGUAUACCCAAUAAAUCAAAGCGUUUGUCUUAUAGCAAGAGAUUCCUGGAUUUACCUUCGAUAAAGGGUUCACCAACUCCAUCAAGGAGGAUUAGUAUAGAAAAAUCUAAAUCUUCCAAGAAUAUCAGAAUGUAA